AUGCAGAAGCUUAUCGUGAACAAGGGGUACGAGAGCAGCGCGGAGAGGCAGCCCAGCAUAGGAAGCAGCGGAAAUGCAGAAAAUGGAAACGGAAGCGGAAGCGGAAGCGGGAGCGGGUUCAUAGAAUCCGUUUUUAAAAACAUCACAAAGAAUGAGUACUUCAGUGCAGGCGUUGGAAUCAUCUCAGUAGGAGCAUUCGUCACAGUAGCAAACAGACUAAACAGCUACAUCUAUCAUGCAGUGAAAAAAAAUAUGUUCACGUCACUAGAAGUUACAAUCAACGAUAACGCAUAUUAUUGGGUUCUAGAAUACAUCGUAAAAAAGGGAAUAAUCAGUAGACACCUCAGCUUAAAAACGCAAAUGCUAAGUGACAGAAAUAAAAAAACGGUAUCCUUUUCCUUCCUACCAAGCAUAGGCAAUCACCUACUCAUAUAUGAUAAAAAAUUUAUAUUUAUUGAACGUAGUAGAGAAAAAACCAUGACAUCAGAUGUGAACAGAUCAGUCCCAUUUGAAAACAUAAAACUCAGCACAUUCAUAUGGUCCAAAAAUAUUUUUUCUAAAAUAUUAACAGAUGCAAAAUUGUACGUUGAGAAAAAGGAAGAAGGAAAGACUUUACUAUAUAAGACCUUUGGACAUGAAUGGAGACCUUUUGGAACUCCGAAAAAUAAAAGACCGGUUCAUUCGGUCAUUCUACCAGAACACCUAAGUGAACACAUAAUUAAUGACCUCGACACGUUUCUCAAUUCUAGCAAAUGGUAUAUUGAAAAAGGUAUACCCUAUAGGAGGUGCUACUUACUUCAUGGACCCCCUGGGUGUGGAAAAAGCAGCCUUAUUGCUGCUCUCGCUGGUCACUUUGACUUUAAUAUAUGUACCAUUAACGUGAAUGAUGUGUAUCUAACCGAUGAUCGAUUUAUCCACCUCCUUGCCACUGUGCCCCCAAAGACGAUUCUCAUUUUGGAAGACAUCGACUUUGUUUUUACCACUCCGGCAGCCACCAUUUCGAGCUCUCUCCUCGGCAGUGGUAAUAUCAGAACGCUAGGCGUCUCCUACAGUGGGCUUCUUAACGCCCUAGAUGGUAUCGUCGCAACGGAGGAACGGAUCAUUUUUAUGACCACCAACAAUAUAGAGAGGCUUCCAAGCACACUUAUUAGACCAGGUAGGGUAGACCUAAAAGUAUUCAUACCAUAUGCGAAUACGUAUCAGUACAAAAAGAUGUUUUUACGUUUUUUUCCCCAACAUGAGGAUCUGGCCCAGGAGUUCGCAACCAUAUUUGAGCGUUUCCACCUGAGCAUGGCUGAAAUUCAGUCCUUCUUUCUUUUUUCAAAACACGACCCGCACAAGACCAUUCAGAAUGCCCGGCACUGGGUGCAGACGUACGCGCACAAGCCGGGGGGGCAGCAGGGAUGA